CAAAUUCCAACCUCUUGCUGGUUGAACUCGCUCUUUUUAUUUUUCUCACACUUAUUUCUGACCACAUCAAAUCCAAAUAAAAUGAGCAACGAUCGGUUUUUGAGGUUCAACGAUAUUUACUUGGCGACAGAGCCGUACGUGAAGGCGGUGGGGCAAAUGCGAGUAAAUGCGUCGGGAAUAGGGUGGAAGGCAGCAGAGGGCGAGGCGGAGAACCUCAAGGGCCUUUCGAUUCCGGGGCUGACACUGCCGGUGGGCAUGCUGGCGCUGCAGCGGGACGACCUGCGUCGCAUCCAGUGGCAGCGGGUGGCGCGCGGGUACGGGCUGCGGAUCCACACGAAAAGCGGCACAGUGCACAAGCUCGAUGGGUUCCGCGAGGACGACCAAGAGUCGCUGCGCGACGUGGUGCGGAAGAUGUUCCACGGGGUGCCGUUUGAGGUGCGUGAGAUCAGCAUAAAGGGGUGGAACUGGGGCAAGGCGGAUUUCGAGGGCACCAAUAUGACGUUCCGUGUCGACAACCGGCCAAUGUUCGAUCUGCCGAUGGGGUAUGUGUCGAACACCAACCUGGCCAACAAGAACGAGGUCAGCGUCGAGAUGCAGCCGCCCAGGGCCAAGGGCGUCAAGCGCAAGGGGGCGCCCGACGAGUUGGUCGAGAUCCGCGGGGCAAACAAGGCCUCGGAUGACGAGUCGGUCGACGGAGACAAGGAUGGAGACAAGGACGGCGAGAAGGAGGACGAGGAGGUUAGCGCGGCGUCGGUGCUGCAUGAUACGAUCAAGGAGCGUGCGGAUCUGGGACAGGUCAGCGGCGACAGCAUUGUGCAGUUCCCCGAGAUCCUCGUGGACAUGUUCCCGCACUUCCUGCGUCUCCGCGGCAAGACCUACGACUACAAGAUCCCGUACGAGAACGUGCAGCGGCUGUUCCUUGUCUCGAAGCCCGAUGAGCUGCACAUGAUGUUCAUUGUGGGGCUGAAUCCGCCGAUCCGCCAGGGCCAGACGCGGUACCCGUACCUGGUGCUGCAGUUUGUGCGCGACGAGGAAAUGACGGUCGAGCUGAAUCUGGAGGCCGAGGGGCUGGCGGCAAAAUACGAGGGCAGAUUGCGCACACACUACGACGAGCCGCUGUACCGCAUCGUGGCCAAUGUGUUCAAGGGCCUGGCGGACAAGCGGCUGAUCGAGGGCGGCAGUUUCCGCGCCUACCACGGCUCGCAGGGCGUCAAGGCGUCGCUCAAGGCCAACGAGGGCACCUUGUAUCCGCUCGACAAGGGCUUCUUGUUCGCGCCCAAGCCGCCGCUGUACAUCCCGCACUCGGACAUUGCCAGCAUUGUGUUUUCGCGCGUCGAGGCCUCGAGCUCCAACAAAAUGCGCACCAUCAACCGCGAGGAGCACGCCAGCCUUGAGGAGUACAUGGCUGAGCACGGCAUCAAGAUGCUGAGCGAGCUGAACGAGACCACGUCGGUGUCGUACAAGGGCAUGGAUGAUGACUCGGAUAACGACGGCGCGGCGUUCCAGGGCGCUGCUGGUGCCGGGGAUGGCGGCGAUGACGAUGAGUCGAGUGUGGAUGAGGACUUUGUCGCCGAGAGCGAGAGCGAUGUGCCUGAGGAAUACGACGAAAACUAUGAGACGCCUGAGGAGGAGGAGUGA